UGACGUCAUAAGUGUGCGCCGUCGCGUGUUUGGAUCGUGAAGGACGUCGAUGAAGCUCGAAAUGAAAUAAGUGAAAUAAUCAGGACUUCCUCAUCAUGGCCAUGUUUUCUUUAACUCGAGCCCUGCGCUCCCUGACCCUCUCCCAGCGUCCUCUGCUCUCCUUGCAGGUGGCCUCUCAGCUGACGUCUCAGAGGUCCGGUACGGUCAGCCUGUGCAGAGGCUUCCUCACCUCAGGCUCUCUGCAGCUGAAGAUGCAGAACUUGAAGGAGUGGAAGGAGGGGAGGAAGUACACCAUCAGACCUAUCGGGAUAAAGAAGACCGGAGGCAGAGAUGAGACAGGGAGGAUCAAAACGCACGGGAUUGGCGGUGGCCACAAACGAAGGUACCGAUGGGUGGACUUCAACCGACUGCGAUACGAACCCGGCAAAGAGGGCAAGCCUUUCGAGGAGAGGGUGAUGGAGGUGCGGUACGACCCGUGCAGGUCUGCUGACAUCGCUCUGGUCGCGGGCGGGAACCGCAAACGGUGGCUCAUCGCGACGGACAAGAUGCAGGCUGGAGACAUCAUCAAAACGUCGGGCGUCAUCGGACGCAUGGCAGUGGCGGCCAACGAUGGCGACGCCUACCCGCUGGGAGCACUUCCUGUGGGAACGCUGGUGAACAACRUGGAGGUCCUUCCAGGCAGGGGCUCAGAGUACAUACGGGCUGCAGGCACGAGUGGUGUUUUGCUCCGCAAAGUAAACGGAACAGCGAUCGUUCAGCUUCCUUCAAAGAGGCAAGUUCAGGUUCUGGAGACCUGCAUGGUGACGGUGGGCCGCGUCUCCAACGUGGACCACAACAAGCGGAUCAUCGGCAAAGCCGGACGCAACCGCUGGUUGGGGAAACGCCCCUCCAGCGGCAAAUGGCACAGGAAGGGCGGCUGGGCGGGGAGGAAGAUCAGACCUCUGCCUCCGAUGAAGAGCUUCGUCAACCUGCCGUCCGGGGCCAAGUGACCCCGCCUCGUCAAAAAAAACAACACGAGCUGUUUUUGUACAGAAGAUUAAAAACUUUUAUUAAAGACAACUGCUUGUGA